UUCUGUGAUAUCUUCUCGACCACGGCAGCAUCUUCUUCUUCUUUUAUGAAAAAGAAGAAAAGAUAGAGAGAGCAACCACAAUCACUUGAUUCUGGUUGAUAUUGUCCAUGGGUUGGACGUGGAUCAAUCUGGGCGUGGCAGAUGAGCAGAAUCAUGUUUGAGCGCCCCGGGGGGCCUCAAAGCAGACAAUCGAAUUAAGCAGAGAAAAUAAUGGCAUUAGGUGGGAUAAAAACAGACAAAUCGUAAGGGAGGAGUCUCUUAAAAAGCAGCAGGAGUGGAGGAGAUGAGUUGGAGAUACCGACCCGCUUGACUUAAGAGAAGAUCAUGAGGAUCCUGAGCAAAGACCUGCGUCUGCAGGACGUCACCAUCAUGUACUUCACCGCCCUAGCCGCCCUCAUGGUCAUCCUGGUGGCUUCCUACCAGGCUCCGAGCGCCAUCGGCGUGGUGGAGCUGGCCCGGUCCGAACCCCGGCCUCCACCCGCUCUCCUCAUGCCCUUCCGGGUGCUUCUGGAUCCACUGGGGGAGCUGAAGCUGGCGUGGAAUGUCAGCUACGAGCGGCAAGAGGUGACCAUGGAGCUGAAGGUGGCCCGGCUCAAGCACGGAGUGGUGCUGGGAAUGUCGGAGCGAGGCCAGCUGACCCGUGCCGAUCUGGUGGUUCUGUGGGACUCGGGAAGCAAAAGCUACUUUGGGGACGCAUGGAGCGACAGCGAGGGACAUGUGACACUGGACAGCCAGCAGGACUACGAGCUGAUGGAAGCCAAAUGGACGUCUGAAGGGUUCUACUUGCUCUUCAAGAGAGCUUUUAGUACCUGCGACCCUAGAGACUACCUCAUUGAGGAGGGAACAGUGCACAUCAUCUACGGACUGCUGGAUCAGCCACUUGCCUCCUUGGAGCAACUCAACUUGUCAGGCAUCCACAUGGGCCUCCAAAGGGUCCUGAUGCUCCGCCCCGACACGCCGCCUCCCACGCUGCCUCCCGACGUGCAGACGCUAGACGUGGUGGCUCCCGACGUUGUCAUCCCCGGCCAGGAGACCACCUACUGGUGCUUCAUCCACAAGCUGCCUGAAAACAUGGCCAAGAAUCACAUCGUCAUGUACGAGCCGGUGGUGACGGCAGGCAACGAGGCCAUCGUGCACCACAUGGAGGUGUUUGAGUGUUCCCCGAAUGUGAGCAACGUCCCGGACUAUAGCGGCUCCUGUGAUGACAAGAUGAAGCCGGGAAAGCUGAACUCCUGCCGCCACGUGCUGGCUGCCUGGGCCAUGGGUGCUGAGGCUUUUUACUAUCCUCCUGAUGCUGGUCUGCCAAUGGGGGGAACAGGUUCCUCCAGGUUCCUUCGUCUGGAGGUCCACUACCACAACCCUCUCCUCAUAUCUGGCCGACGUGAUUCAUCGGGGAUAAGGUUGCACUACACCCCCAGCCUCAGGCGCCACGACGCCGGGAUCAUGGAGCUGGGCCUGGUCUACACCCCCAUCAUGGCCAUCCCGCCUCAGCAACACACCUUCUACCUGAGUGGCUACUGCACGUCCAAGUGUACACGCACUGCUCUUCCCCAAGGGGGGAUCUUUAUAUUUGCAUCCCAGCUGCACACACACUUGGCGGGCCGGGGGGUGCGCACGGUCUUGGUGAGGGGGGGCGAGGAGGUGGAGGUGGUGCAGGAGGACCAACACUUCAGUACACACUACCAGACCAUCAGAGUCUUGAGGAAAAUGACCAACGUUUUACCGGGUGACGUCCUCGUAACAAGGUGUACUUACAACACCGAGGACAGACUCAAAGCGACUGUGGGUGGUUUUGGCAUCAUGGAGGAAAUGUGCGUCAACUACGUCCACUACUACCCCCGCACUCAGCUGGAACUGUGCAAGAGCCACGUGGACCUGGAACAUCUGCAGAGAUAUUUCAGCUUCAUUAGCAGAUUCCAAGGAAAGGAUGAGUGUGUGUGCGGGGAGGACAGCGUGACGGCACGCUAUUCCAGGCUGGAGUGGGACACCUUCUCCACGCAGGUGCUGGACUCGCUUUACAAGACGGCGCCGAUCUCCAUGCACUGCAACCAAUCCACCGCACGCUUAUUUCCUGGUGACUGGGACAAGCAGACGCUACCGGCGGUGACCUCUGUCCUCCGAAAACCUCCUUACCCAUGUGAGGUUGGGGCACGCCCCACCGGUCGCCCAGCCGUGGGCCUGGUCUGAGCCGGCAGGGGGUAAGAAGAAUUGUGAACUGUUACGAUUAGCACUCAUGUCUGACUUUGACAUCCUAU